CCAGCCUCAGCGCUUCGCAGUUUCCUCUCCUUGUUUUGCUUUCGAUCUGGACUGUUCUCAGGCAAGCCGGGGAGUAACUUUUAGUUUUGCUCCUGCGAUUAUUCAACUGACGGGCUUUCAUUUCCAUUUCACACACCCUAGCAACACUUAAGCCUUGCGGAAUUGUAUUGAUAGCGUGAAAAAGCACACUGAGAGUAUGAUAAUCUCUAAGCCACUUGCAGCAACAUGGAUGGACCCAAAGAUGAUCAUACCAAGUAUUUCUCCUCUUCAGCCUUCCGCAUUCCCUGGUGCAGAGAGGGACAUUACCACCCACCUGGUCUGAAGAAGGACAAAAGGAGGUCACAGAUAAGCUUGAAGAGGGAAGGGAGUCAGACAUUGAGAAAGAAGAGUGGUGGCCUCCAUUUUUCUCUGGAGCUGGAGGCAAGAUCAUUUGCUGGGACUGACGGGGAACAGGAGGGAGAAGCCAAAACAAAACAAAAACAAAAACAAAAAACCUGCAGAGACUUUUUGAAAGCUCCGGAGCGCACCAUGCCGGUGGAGAGGAUGCGCAUGCGCCCGUGGCUGGAGGAACAGAUCAACUCCAACACGAUACCGGGGCUAAAGUGGCUUAACAAGGAAAAGAAGAUUUUUCAGAUCCCCUGGAUGCAUGCAGCUAGACACGGGUGGGAUGUGGAAAAAGAUGCACCACUCUUUAGGAACUGGGCCAUACAUACAGGAAAGCAUCAACCAGGAGUAGAUAAACCUGACCCAAAAACAUGGAAGGCGAAUUUCCGAUGUGCCAUGAACUCUUUGCCUGACAUUGAAGAGGUCAAGGAUAAAAGCAUAAAGAAAGGAAACAAUGCCUUCAGAGUCUACCGGAUGUUGCCCUUAUCUGAACGGCCUUCUAAGAAAGGAAAGAAACCAAAGACAGAAAAAGAAGACAGAGUGAAACAUAUCAAGCAAGAACCAGUUGAGUCAUCUUUGGGGCUUAGUAAUGGAGUAAGUGAUCUUUCUCCUGAGUAUGCGGUCCUGACUUCAGCUAUAAAAAAUGAAGUGGAUAGUACGGUGAACAUCAUAGUCGUAGGACAGUCACAUCUGGACAGCAGCAUUGAGGAUCAAGAGAUUGUCACCAAUCCACCAGACAUCUGCCAGGUUGUGGAGGUGACCACGGAAAGCGACGAGCAGCCGGUCAGCAUGAGCGAGCUCUACCCCCUGCAGAUCUCCCCCGUGUCUUCCUACGCAGAAAGCGAAACUACCGAUAGUGUGCCCAGUGAUGAAGAGAGCUCGGAGGGCCGCCCGCACUGGCGGAAGAGGAACAUUGAAGGCAAACAGUACCUCAGCAACAUGGGCACGCGGAGCACGUACCUGCUGCCCAGCAUGGCCACCUUCGUCACUUCCAGCAAGCCCGACCUCCAGGUCACCAUCAAAGAGGAGAGCUGUCCGGUGCCUUAUAACAGCUCCUGGCCCCCGUUCCCUGACCUCCCCCUCGCCCCCUCCGUGACCCCAGCGCCCAGCAGCAGCCGGCCGGACCGGGAGACCCGGGCCAGCGUCAUCAAGAAGACCUCCGACAUCACCCAGGCCCGCGUCAAGAGCUGUUAAGCCUUCGACCUCCCCUGGUGGUUGUUGGGAUUUCUUGGCUUUGUUUUCUUGUUUGUUUGUAUUUUAUUUUUCUUUCUGACACCUGUUUUAGACAAAUCUUAAGGGAAAAAGCCUUGACAAUAGAACUUUGAUUGCUGUGUCCAACUCCAGUACUGGAGCUUCUUUUAAACUCAGGACUCCAGCCCUUUGGUAGACGCGUAUCUCUAGAGCCUGCUGGAUCUCCCAGGGCUGUUCCCUCAAGUUCAAGGACGUCAUAGGACCAACAUUCACACAGGCAGUGAGGUGCUGCAUUGCCUGCGGUCAAGGCCAGCAUGGUGGAAUGGAUGCCUCCGAAUGGAGGAGAAAAUGUGAACUAGCUGGAAUUUUUUAUUCUUGUGAAUAUGUACAUAGGGCAGUACUAGCGACGUUGCAGUCUGCUUCUGCACCUUAUCUUAAAGCACUUACAGAUAGACCUUCUUGUGAUCCUGCUCUGUUUCAUAGCACAGUCAACACCCCUCUUCCCCCUCCCCUCCCCUCAUCCCACUCCUCCCCUCCCCUCUUCCAUCCCACUCCUCCCCUCCCCUCCAUCCCACUCCUCCCCUCCCCUCCAUCCCACUCCUCCCCUCCCCUCCAUCCCACUCCUCCCCUCCCCUCUUCCAUCCCACUCCUCCCCUCCCCUCUUCCAUCCCACUCCUCCCCUCCCCUCCAUCCCACACCUCCCCUCCCCCUUUAUCCCACCCCCCUCCCCUUCCCUCCCCUUUUACCCCACCCCCCCUUCAUUUUCUUUCCUCCUUUUCCUUCCCUCAAAGGCUGUGUUCCACAUCCCUGAGGAGGAGAAGAAAAUGAACUUCUCCAAGAUGUCCCAUUUUAAAAGACUGCUUUAAAACAACAAAACAAAAGAAAAAAGAAAAUCUUUCUAAUCUGCUAUGCUUGAAUGCCACGCGGUACAAAGGAAAACUAUCAUGGAGAGAUUAUGCAAAUUCCCAGAUCUGAAGACAAAAAUACUCGAAUUCUAACCAGAGCGAGCUUUUUUAUUUUUUAUACCGGGGAAUAUUUUAUUCAAGGUAAAAUUCUAAGAAAAUAUAAUUGUUUUUUAUCUUUUCUACAGCAAAUUUAUAAUUUUAAGAUUCCUUUUCUUGUUUAUCAGCAGUUGUUCUUACAUCCUUGUGGCACAUUUUUUUUUUAAUUUUGUAAAGGUGAAAAAGCUUUUAUGAGCUCAUGUAGCAAUCAGAUUAUCCUGUGGAUUGAUAAUAAAUAAAUAUGAUAUAUAAAUUUUUAA